AUGACUCAAUAUCAACACACCAAGUCCGAUGGCCUGGACUUUGCCAAAGGUCCCAGUGCCGAGCAAAUUGAGCAUUCCGAGCACAGGAAAGAUUUGGAAAACAAUGCCGUAGGAGCUGGCCAAGCCGACUACUCUGGCGCCGUCAAAAAGACCAGCGAAGUAGAAAUCGCCCUCGUCCGCAAGCUAGACUUCCGCGUCAUGCCAAUUCUCUGGGCCAUGUACUUCAUGAACUACCUCGACCGCAACGCUAUUGCCAAUGCACGUCUAAAUCACUUGGAAAGAGAUCUCGGCCUCGUCGGCACCCAAUACAACACCUGCAUAUCCAUCCUCUUCGUUGGAUAUCUUCUCAUGCAGAUUCCGUCCAACAUGUUCAUGUCCUCGGGGAAAGUGCGCCCGUCCAUCUACAUGUGCUCAUGCAUGGCUGCCUGGGCCACCGUCUCGGCAUUGACAGCCCUUGUAAAAGAUUAUCCUGGUUUGGUCGCCGUGCGGUUCUUCUUAGGUAUCACCGAGGCGCCUUUCUACCCCGGGGCACUGUACCUCCUCUCCAUCUUCUACACCAGAAAGGAGAUUGCUACGAGAAUCUCCAUCCUGUACUCCGGAAAUAUCUUCGCCACGGCUUUCGCAGGUCUCAUCGCCGCCGCGACCUUCAAUACCCUCGAUGGCGCUCAUGGUCUACAGGGCUGGAGGUGGCUCUUCAUCAUCGAAGGCAUCGUGACGUUGGCAGUGGCCGUUGUCGGAGUAUUUAUGCUGCCUGAUGCUCCAUUGACCACCAAAUGGUUGACCCCCGAGGAGCGACAGCUCGCACAUGAGCGCAUGAUCAGAGACACUGUUGGUGACGAGGGCAGCAAGGGCACCCGCGCCGGAUUUAUGCAGGCUGUACGGGAUCCCAAGCUUUGGCUGCUUGCGUUUAUGCAGAACAUGCAUCUGUCUGCCUGUUCCUUCAACAAUUUCUUUCCUACCGUCGUAGGUAGCCUCGGAUUCAACAGCACCAUCACUCUGGUCCUCACCUGCCCGCCGUAUCUCGUCUCUGGGUUCGUCGGCUACGCCGUGGGCUACACCUCUGGCCGGUUUAACGAGCGCACCUGGCACAUCACAAUCAGCAUGGGCGCGGCAAUGGUGGGCUUCAUCAUCUCCUGUAUCACCCUCAACACGCCUGCGCGCUACUUGUCAUGCUUCCUGUUCGCCAGCGGUGCUUAUGCAGUCAACUCGGUGAUCUUGGGAUGGGUGUCGGCGACCUUGGGCCAGACCAAGGAGAAGAAGGCUGUCAGUUUGUCCAUUGUCAACGUCCUGGCCAACGCCUCCUACAUCUAUACGGCUUACCUCUACCCGUCUUCAGAUGGCCCUCGUUACCUGCCUGCAAUGGCUGCCAACUCGGCAUUUGCAUUCAUGACCAUUGCAUCUGCAUGGGCUUUAAGACUUUGGCUACAGCGGAUCAAUCGUAAGACAAGUGACCAAAAUGGUCUACGGUUCGCCUACUAGGAUAUCUGGUCUGUGAGCCAAGCAUGUGAG